CUGUAUUACACAAGCACGUGUGUGCAGAGCGGAGUAGCAUUUCCUAAGUUUGUCCCGGCCGGGCACCUUACGUCUGUCAUGUCAACCUCCAGCAGCGGCAUGACUUCCUCUGAAACGCUGCGGUUCCCGGAGUACAUGGAGGGGAGCCGGUGGACACCGCGGGCAGAGAUUGACCGCCAACUGGGUAACAAAUUGAUGGCUGUGGGUCUUGGAGUUGCAGCUGCAGCUUUUGCAGGUCGCUUUGCACUCCAGCUGUGGAAACCCUUGGGUCAAGUUAUCAUAGAGAAUGCAAAGAAAAUCUCGACUCCGAGCCUUUCCUAUUACUACAAAGGUGGAUUUGAGCAGAAAAUGAGUAGGCGAGAAGCCAGUCUAAUUUUAGGCAUCAGUCCAUCUGCUAACAAAUCCAAGAUUCGAGCAGCUCAUCGGAAAAUCAUGACUUUAAAUCAUCCAGAUAAAGGUGGCUCAUCUUAUAUGGCAAUGAAAAUAAAUGAAGCAAAGGAGUUACUGGAAUCUAGUACAAAACAAUGACAUAGAAGAUAUGAAUAAUUAAUUUGUGUUAAGCUCCUUGCUGCCAGUAAAGAUAGCACAUUGCCUUUGUCUACCCCACUGUUAGCAAUAAUUCAUCUUUUCUUUUCCAAAGUGACUUAAAUAUUUAUUUGUGCCUAUCGCUCGGUAUUUGCAUAGUUUAUAAAUAUAUGAUUUAUGCUGCCCAUGCAUGUGUAAAAUGGG